UAAUGCAAACAUUAUUCAGUGGUUAAUGAUAGUGUAAUCUUUGUGAACUGUUUUUUUAAAGUUGUUCUCCUGGAUUUAUUGAUAAUAGGGACAGAUUUCCAUGGUCACUUGAAGAAGGAAGAUGCUCACCCAUAAAAUACAAUAUAUGGAAUAGACUACAAUAAAUUAUUUAGAGUAUGAAACAGCAUAACAUAUUUUAGUAUUAAAAAUGAUGAUGGUUCUAAGGAAGUCAUGUGGCUGCCGUCACAGAACACUCGUGACCUAAUGUGGCUGCGGUCUUCGGACAAGAAGCAUGGCUUCUCAACUUGCCACGAUAUUAUUGUGGCUUGGUGGAAGUGCCUUCGGUCUACGAGACAUUCAACUUAAUGUACCAGAGGCGGUAGGGGUGGGUGCUAGUGCAACCCUCGGCUGCCGCUGGGCGCUGGACACUGGCGAGACACUAUACACUGUGAAAUGGUACCACGGAGCGCAGGAAUUUUUCCGAUUCGUACCGAAAGAAUUGCCUAAUACCCGUGUCUUUUCGCAAACAGGCAUCAGCGUUGAUGUGUCACGUUCAGGCGCUCAGCAAGUUGUAUUGCGCGGUGCAUCAAAAAGCCUAAGCGGACGGUACCGAUGCGAGGUGUCAGCCGAUGCACCGUUUUUUCACACUGUGUAUAAAAGUGCUUAUAUGCGUGUCGUAGAAUUGCCAGAGGCAAUGCCUAUAGUGUACUCACAGAAGAGUUGGUACACUGUGGGUGACAUGCUGCGAGCUAACUGCACGUCGCCUCCCGCAGAGCCACAAGCAAACCUUACAUGGCUUCUUAAUGGAUACGAGGUAAAAGGCCUCGAUAUUCCACCCCCAGACAUGGCUUUUUCUCGAAGAGAGCCUGUCAUUAGCGAUGCUUCACUAGAAAAUGCGAAUAGAAUUAUAUUCAGUCCAUGGGACGCAAUUUCUGGCUACGAGGAGUCUGCAACGGACGUCAUAGACAUUCCGGGCGACAUAGAUGAUUCAGUUGCUUCAAACUCUUACAAGAAGUUCGAGAGUACGACGCGAAUAACGCCUCGACUAGAACAAAUUUCAAGCAAAAAUAUUAGCAUUGAAGAAGAUAAAUCUAAUAAGUCUUCCUCCUUCAGUCAACUCGUUAUACGAGUGCAGACUUCGCAUUUUCAUAAGGGUCGGAUGAAUGUAACGUGCGUGGCGCGCAUAUUGUCAGUUUGGUCAGCGAGCACCGCACUUUUGCUAGACGAGGAGCGACCUCAAAUAGCUCCCGUCAUGGGUAGUCGGGACACGAACUCAGGGCAAUACGAUGAUGGACGGCAGGCGGAUAUGAAUAAAAAACAAAAUAUUUUCUCAAAUAAUGUCAGUGUUAGACUACUUAAUACGCCCAUAUUUAUAGUCGAGUAUAUAUAUGUAUAUAAUAUUCUUAUCUUUCUAGCAAAUACAUGUCAUGUUCUUGUACGUACAUUUAAACGUGAAAUCUACCAAUACUGACUACCACCAAUUUUUUCAAUGUACAGUACAUUCGCAUUUCAUAAAUAAUUAUGUUACGAUAUAAUAAUCCCAUAUUGUAUGUUUUUUCGUAUUGAUGUCUCGUACUCUACUAUAUAUUUGGGUAUUAGUAAAAUAAAAUUGACAGGUAAAA